CCUGUGUAACGGCGCAAAGAGAGGGAAGAAGGGUGCCAGGUUCAAGAUACUCUAUAUACCCAAAACGUGUUUUUUUUUCUGCUGUGCUUCCUUUCUCCUCCGACCCUUCCUUCUUCCCUUACCAUAUCCUUUCUUUUAUCAAAUAUAUUCUGUUUCUUCCAUAAAGAAACCCCGUGACUAGCAGUAAAGCGAACAAAUAACACCCACAACCGCUUUUUGAAGGUCGAGGAUACUUAAAGAGAGUAGGCAUUCUACCCGAUCGCCCUUUGUUUUUCCAAUAAUACGUUUACGUAUAUUAUAUCUGCGCGGCCCCAACCUUUCCUUCAAACCACAAGACCAACAUGACUGACUUUGGAUUCCAAAACCUACGAAUUUCGGACCACCACAAUACCGGCAGUGACCAAGAACUGCCAUUGCCACCUACUCAGCAAUAUGCUGCAGGCGGUGGUAACUAUGAUCAUGAUUACUCACACCAGCAACAGCAGCAACAUCACCAGUAUCAGCAACAGCAACAGUAUGCUCCGUCCCCGCCCCCGGGAAUCAUGGUUGACGGCGAAAUGUGGCAGGGCAAUGACGAAGUCUAUGACGACGACGAUAGACCACUUGAUGCUGGUGGUAUGGUUGCUGGCACUGAAGGGUUCCAUUCUGGUCCUCCCCCGCCGCCCAAGCACCACCAACAGACUUUGCUGCAAAUGCAUGAACAACAGCAACAGCAGGAGCAGGUACCGGCUGUUCCUGUAGCUCGACCUGUUUCAUAUCGAAACCAAGCGGCUGUCCAGAUCAAUUCGAACCGUCCAGCACGCUUCAUCAAAGCCGAUCCUCUCAACAAUGCGGCAGCAGCUAUGGCUUUGCCACCCGACUUGCAAAACAUCCAGCGGUUGUACGAGCAGUACCAGUGGAAGGUUUACAUGGAGGGCUAUCUCUAUCGCAAGGCCGAAAACAAGCGUACAAGCGGGGACGAAACAUGGAUCCGAUCCUAUGUCGAGCUGGCCGGACCUGUUUUGACCUUGUGGGAUGCUGACACGCCCGGCGAUGGUGAAGUGUUGCCACACUAUGUAAAUAUUUCGGAUGCUACGACGGUUGAAUUGAACGAGCACGGCAUGGUUUCAUUGAAGACGGGUGGAACGAGUCGCUAUCUAUUCGAAUACGUGGAUGAUAACAGCGGUCAGACGGAUCGUAAUUCAGAACUAGAGCGCUGGGUGCGUGCAAUCCGAUUGUCUUGCUAUGAAGGUGCUCGGAUCCACGAGAUCUAUACUAAAAAGUUUAUUAUGCGCAACAAGAACGUUCAGACAGGCGACGACGAUGAUGACGACGAAGAGGAGGAUUUGUUGUCCAAGGCAAAGUCCAAGAUGGAAGGCUUCGUGCAGGUGCGCUUUGCUGGCGCCAACGAAUGGCAAAAGUACUGGGUUGUUGUAUCGGAUCGACGCAAUGAGAAAAAGUUGUUCGGCAAAAAAUCAGUGCCGUCGCAUGGUCAGCUCAAGUUUUAUGAGUCGAAAAAGGGAAAGCACCCUAUCAUGACGCUAGUCAAUGUGACACAGGCCUACACAGUUUAUCCUGAAACUCCUCAGUUGAUCGAUAUGGUUACGCUGCUCAAGGUGGAUGGUCGUAUUACUACUGGUGAAGAAGACCAGCAACAACAACAAUCUCAAGAAGGCGGAGAUGCCACUGCUGGUGCUUCUGCAGCAAACACCACAAGCGUACUCAUGAUGACAUCCAGCACGAUCGAGCUUGUCGAGUGGCUGGUAGCUACAUUUGAUGUAUUCAAGCUCUAUGGUCGUCCUUCGCAACUGAUCCGUGACCCAACCAACCCUGGCGCACUGAACUUUGGUGAAAUCAUUGCUGGAGAUCGUCUAUUCCUCGAGGUCGACGAGCUUAAUCAAAUGAAUGUGCGAGAGAACAACAUGGCCGUAAACAGAACCUUGAUGACGCAAAUGACGGUAAACAAGCUCAAGCAACAAGUUUCCCAACGACAUCCCGGUAUGCCUGGUGCACCAAGCGCUGGCGGUGGUAUGGGUCCGAGAACGAACAGCAUGCCUCAAAUCGCACAAGCAAACAACAACAAUUUCCGUCAACCACGGCAACGCACUGUGUCUGCCGAUCCCGAACAGCCAACGUCGAACCCUCGAGGUACUAUGAUGAUGAACAACGGCCCACAAGGACCUGCCCGCGGCUCGAUGUAUCCUCCAGGAGGUCAUGCAAGCAUGAUGUCACAACAGCAACAGCGCCCAAUGCAAUCAUUUCAGCAGCAGCAGCAGCAGCAGCAACGUGCAUCCGCCAUGCCUCCUCGAAGCCAAUCUGGCAAAGUUAUCUAUGCCAGUGAUGAAAGUGAUGAGGAAGAGGAUGAAGAGGACGAUGAUAGUGAUAGCGAUGACGACUCAGUAUUUAAUGGAUCAUCGUCCAAAAUGCCAAUCAACGCCAAGGAUUCCUCUCCAACAACACCUCUCGAAAGCAAGCUGGCUGCCUCAACAAGCAGCUUUUCUAUUCCCGAAAUCAAGACUGACUCCUCCAGUCUGCGGGAAUCCGUACAAGAUACGAAGAGCAGCAAGGAAAAGGAUACAGCAUCAGUGAAACGAGGCAGUGUUGAGUCUGACGAUACCCCAGCAGCUGCUGCUGCUGCCACAAAAGGCAAGCAAUUGUCCAAGGACGGUGAUGCUGACGACGAUAGCGACGAAUCAGAUGAAGAAAAAGAACAGAAGAAGAUAGCAGAAGUACGAAAGGUUGGCCCACGGCCAAGCUUGAGUGGAUCAGACGAGGAUAGCGAGCAAGAAGAAAGCGAAGACGACGAUGACGCUAGCAGCACUGAGCAAUACAUACCCCAUAAACCCAAGUCUCGCUGGCCUAAACAGCAGCAGCAACAACAAUUGCCACAGAGCUCCAGUACACCAGAAUUACAUCGGGCUAGUGCCAUGCCUCCAAUGCAGCAGCAGCCCUAUGACAUGGAUCCUCACAUGUACAAUCAAUACGAGCAGCAGUAUUAUUAUUAUCAGCAACAAAGCAACAACCUUGCCCGGGGCCAGCCUGUAAUUGAUGAAGACGGCCCUGUCAUUCCACAGCUGGGUGAGGAAUUUGCGAAUCCAAACAGUUUGCUGGGCUCCGUCAAACAAGAACAAGGUCCAUCCAUUCGCGACCAAACGGAGUAUGCCAAGGCCACGGGUCAGCCUCUUGUUCAACUUGCACAGAAGCAGAGCGCACCCCGUGCUGGUUUGGUUGGCAUGAUUUCCCAAAUCGAACAUGAAAAGAACGAUAAAUCCAAGAAUCGCUUGGUGAAUGCCGAAAGGGACCAGAUGAUGGAACGCGAGCGCUAUAUGAUGGAACAACGACAACAGGCCAUGAUGAAUCCAAUGAUGGGAAUGAACAUGGGCAUGGGAAUGAUGGAUCCACGCAUGUCCAUGAUGCCUCCCAACAUGAUGGGUGGUGGCAAUAACCCACACGCGUCAAUGAUGAUGAUGCAACCGAUGAUGGACCCGCGUAUGUCGAUGAUGCCUCCGAACAUGAUGGGUGGCGGCGGUAAUGGUGGCAACAACCAACACGCGUCCAUGAUGAUGAUGCCACCCAUGAUGGAUCCGCGUAUGUCGAUGAUGCAGGGCGGUAUGAUGGGUGGCGGCGGAAGCAGCAGCGGCGGUAGUGGUGCCAACAACCAACACCCAUCCAUGAUGAUGCCACCCAUGAUGGACCCUCGGAUGUCAAUGAUGCCGCCAAACAUGAUGAUGUACAAUAUGUGGAACAACGGAUACAAUAAUCAGUUCAAUAACGGGCCAGCGGGUAACCAAGGCAUCAUGGAAGAAAGCGACGAAGAUGAUGAUGUUCCUCUCGGCGCAGGCAGCCACUCCAAGUCACCUCAUCGCCAGAAGAACUAGCAAUUGCAUGAACCACCCACCACCCAUCACUCUCCAACGUACACUCUCUCUUUCUUUUUGUCCUUUCUUUUUGUCACACUAAACUUAUUACUCUUAAUCACGCUACCAUUAAAAGCACAGAAGCCCAUUUAAACGGGGGAUAGAUCCCGUUUUACGAUACAUAAUUUGUGUGUAUCGAUUA